AAAUCUCGCAAUUCUAUAUUUUUGUCAAAAUUUCAAGUGCCCGUAAUACAAAGUUGGUCGAAGAACUCAAAUUAUGUCGGUAAUAUUUCAUUUGCUAUUACGUUUAAUUGACCGUUAAGACAAUACAUAGGGAGUGACUUAUUAUAUGUGGUUUAAUUAACCCAAUUCUUCUAUCUGCAAGAUAAAUAUACUGUUCUAUAACUCUACUAAUCGGCAGAUUAUCCAUUUCUUUCUUGUUUAUGGAUGUUAAACAAAGACAAAUUGACGAAUUGAUCUUAGCCCUUAUUUCAUAGAUGUAAUAAUAUAAUCGAACCAAAAUGGCCAACUCGUACAUAAAGGCGGUAAUAAAAAACACGUUGGGUGGUAGUUCGCCCACCCCGGCCCAAUCGUACUGCGCAAGUUCGAGAAACAGUUCGGUGGGCGAUUUCGACGAAUUCGAACAACAUACUUUGGGCGUAAGAUCGCCUACCGGCCGAACUGUCAAAGAAGUCGAACAGCAACUGUCCAACUUCAAAAAGGAAAACUUCGAUCUCAAACUGAGAAUUUAUUUCCUCGAAGAAAAAAUGGGCGUCAACUAUGCCCUCGACAAAGACAACGUUUUUAGGAAAAACACCGAACUUCAAGUUCAAGUAGCCAACCUGCAAAGGGAGCUCAAAGAAAAAUACGACCUCUUGUGUCAAGCGGUCAAAGCUUUAGAAAUGGAAGAGGACGAGCAUCGCAAAUAUUCGGCUAAUAAAGAAGAAGAAAUGGCGCAAGUGCACGAAGAAAUGGAUGAACUUAAGAUGCAGUUGCAAGACAUGCGUCUUAUGUAUACGGAAUCGACAAAGUCGGGCUGUUCCAGUAGUAGACAGUCGGAAAAUGUACAGUUUUUCGCGUCGAAUCAAAGAUGUUUGGACGAUGAACUGAAUACGGAGAAUCAACAACAACUGGCCAGCUUUAUAUACGACACCAGCGAAACGUUGCGGCAACAAAUCGAAGAUUUACAAAAAGACUGCGACAGCAAAGAUCAGGCGAUUGACAGUCUGACACGUCAACUGUCAUCUGCCAACGAACGCCUGAUCGAUUUCGCGCAGCAAGUCAAAGACUACGAAGAAAAACUGUCCGAACAACAUCAAAGAAACACCCAGUUGCUCACCACGAUGCAAUCUGUCAACCAGAAACUUACCAUGACAAAAUUGGAGUUUGAACGGGAACGCAACGAAUUCAUGAGCGAGAAAAAAGCCUUGGACCACACUAAUGCAGUGCUGCAGAUGCGCGUCAGCGCCCUCGACGACGAAAAACGUCAACACAAGCAGCUGAUUAGAGAGUUGCAGCUGAAACUGGACGCCACUGCAUUUGAUGCGAAAAAGAAACACAGCAUAGCGGUUUCGAUUUCGCGCGCAGCAACAGCUACAGGAGCUGCGCAAGCAAACCUACAUGAUGCGCAAGUAGAACAGCUAACAUUGCAAAGGUCGCCUUCAAAGUCGCAAGUUCCAUUAACACCAGACGCCAAACAUCUGGUGACCUUUGAAAAACUCCUGUUGUCGGAACGGUGCCGGGACGCGGACAUGUUGCGCACCGAAUUUUCGAUAUUGAAAAGCGACUUUCACGAUCAAACCAAGAAAAUCAUUAAACUGAAAAGUGAACAGUUAAAAGCGUGCGAAAUAAUCAAAAGCAUGAUCAAGUAUCGUAACCAGGCUAAUGAUGAAAUAGCGCAGCUGAAGAAGGCCAAGGAGGCGCUGGAGAGGGAAAUGGAGAGUGUAGUUGGCAGGCCGCAGAGAGAGACGGCAAACAAUGGGCCGGUACACGCGAGGGUUUCUGAGUUGAACAUCACGGCAGUUGGGACGCCGCCCACAGCGCCAUCUUGCGAGGUAGAUGCUAGAGCCGCUUUUCACGGCAGAUUUCAUUUUGCUAGUUGAGCAUGCGCUUUUAGAUUUUUUUUUUGCUUUUGCAUGUUUUAGAUUUGACAAUUUUGUUUUAAAGUUGACAGCUACUAUUGUUUCGAAUGAGUCAGAGAAUAUAUCAUCAAAGUAGACUUUGGAACAAUGUCAUAUUUAUUGGUUGCUCUUUAUUUUUUCAUAUAUGUUAGACAGAGAUAAUGCUAAUGAAAAACAUUCACAUAUUGUUAUUUUUGAGUGAUUGCUUUGAACUUUAAAACAAUAAUUUCAUAAAUCAAAUUUUUUAAAAUUACUGUAAAAAAAGACGGGGAACAUUUUUUUAGUAUUUUUUCUCUUUUUUUUUAAUUUUCAGAAUGAUAGAAAUUCAUCCACUUUUCAAAGGUUUAUCAAUAGGUUCGAUUGCGUGUGCGGUUUCAAAUGUUAAUUUAUUUAUUGUGAUAUUUACUAUAAUUGUUUUUUAAUAAUUCAAAUAAACCUUUUUUUUUUAUGCAUAA